AUGACCCCCGUGCAGCACAUCAGGUGCCCGCCAGCACCCCGCCACACGCGCGCGCCGCCCCCGACCCGACGCCCCCACGACGCCGGCCCCCGUGAGCAGCCGCGCCCGCGGCGCCGCGCGGCGCCCCCGCGCGCCUCCGCUGGCGAGGAGGGGGACAUGCCAGAGUCCAAGCUCGGCCCCAACGUCGCGGCGGGCAUCCGGGACGUGCAGCAGAGCCUGGAGUGGCGGACGGCCACUGUAAUGCGAAACGACGCCAUCAGCCUCGACGGCGGGCAGCGGCUGCUGCACCUGUCAGUGCCCGACGAUGUCGACAAGCUGUACGGGCGGCAGAUGCAGGGGCGCAACGCUACCCACCGAUGGAUCGACUCUUACACGAUUCCCGGGCAGUACGUCGGGCUGCGGUUUCCGGGAGAGACCACCCGUGCAGAGGAAAAGUCCGGCAUAGAGUCCGCACGGCGGCUCUACAGCAUCGCCUCGUCACCCUACGACAGCCGCCGCGACUCAGCGUACCUCGGGGCGUCUGUGAUUGAGGUGGUGGUCGACCGGCGAUGGGGGGCCGACGACGCGCGGUUCGCGGCGCUGGCGCCUGGGGACACUGCUGAGGUCAGCCAGCUCAUCGGCCGCGGCUUCUGCAGCCUCUUCUCAUCCUACGCCUCCCUCAUGGCGGCGCUUGAGGAGCGCCGAAACCUGCUGCUGCUCGCAGUCGGCGCGCGGGGCAUCGCGGCGGCGCGGGCGGCGCUCAACUGGACGCCGGUGCUGGCGCACGCGACGCAGCACAAGGUCACGUGCCUGUACGUCACCCGCUCCCCAUCGACCGCGGCGUUCCUGCCGGAGUGGGACCAGUGGCGCGAGGCCGGGGUCGACUUCCGGCCGCUCUACACCGAAUCACUCCUGCCGGACAGCCCGCGCGCCUCCCCCGCCGGCGCCGCCAACGGCGGCGCUGACGAGGCGGACGCCGGCCAAGAGGACGUGACUGGCCUUCUGGAACAGGGCCUGUUCUUGAACGUGGGUGGGCUCGAGGGCGCCGUCGGGGGACGGCCGAGCGAGUGCACGGUGCUGCUGGCCGGCCUGAGCGGCGACGUGGCGAGCGCGGUUGCGAAGGAGCUGACGUUCAAGGGCAUGCUGUGGGAGCGGCUGCUGUUUUGCGAGUUCUUCUGA